AUGGCUGCAGCACUCUCCUCACAUCCAGAUCUAUCGUCAUCGCCCCAUUCCAACUCGCUGUCACAUCCAGACUUCACUCUCGGAUCCAUAGCGUCCGGCUUUUCUACGCCACACAAGUCAGGCCGUUUUCCGUCUACAACCUCUCGAACGACAGCGACUUCAUCUCUGCCAGUGCAGACGCCUUCCCCGGGACCAUCCGCCUCGAAUUACGUUUCUAGUAGGAGGAAUGGGAACUCGAGCAUAGCUGACGACGAUGGGGACGACGAUGAGAUUGGGGCAAACGAGACGACUGCGGGGGACUUGUUGGGAACGCCAGCUGCCAGCAAAGGGGGCAGGAGUGCGGUGAGGACUCGAGGUCGAUCAGGCACGUUGACUGCAGGGUCCACUACUUCGAACACAACCGCUACCAGCAAACUCUCCAAACUCACGCUUCGUGACCAAGAGAAGCAUAUCGACAACCUCAAGAAGGAGAACUUCGAUGUCAAGCUACGUGUACAUUUCCUUGAGCAAGAGCUCGCCAAACUCGCCCCAGACCAGAUGGAAGCUACUCUAAAGCAGAACAUCAACCUGAAGGUCGAGGUCCAGCAACGGGGGCUGGAGAUCAAGAAGCUCAAGAAGCUGUUACUCCAACUGGAACGUGAGCUAGAACGGCUUCAAGGGAAGGAAGGCAAAGGUGGUGGAUCGAGUUCGAGGGAAAGGGAACUGGAGCAACGGCUGGAAGAGAAGGAGUUGGAGUUGGAAGAGCUAAGGAGACGGAGGGUAGAGAGAGAAGAGGAUGACGAUGAGCUUUUGAAGGCCGCCGAGUCACGGAACGCCGAGCUCGAGGAGGAACUUGGGAAUAUGCGGGCAUUGCUGGAGGAAAACAUGGACGAAAUUGAUCGACUAAACGAACUACUACAACGAAAAGGCGACACAUCAACCACCUCAGACCGCGACGGACCUUCGUCACGUAGUGCACUGCAACGGAAAGUUGAAUCGCUUGACGACGAGAACCACCAGCUUCGCGAGAAGCUCGCCCACCAGGACGACCUGCUCCAUCGCCUGCAGGAUGAGAAGGAAGACCUGGCGGAUGUCGUGCAAACACUCGAACUGCAACUCGAGGACCUCCACCAACGACGCCAACAUGAAUCGAUGGAGCGGUCACAGUCUCGUGCAGCGCUCCUGGAGGAGCAAGAAGAGCGCGAGAAUCUGGAGGAUGAAGUCAAUCGUCUCCGAGACCGUGUCGCUGCCCUGCAAAUCGAGCUUCAGACCAAGGAAGACGAGGUGGACCACUUGAUGAAGCAGCAUCAAGAGAUUGUCGACACCGUGGAAGCUGAAUGGAGAGGUGAGGUAGAGGAGCAGCGCGGGCAUAACGAGCAGCUCAAGGAUCUACUCGCCGAUCGGGACAGCGAAUCCAAAGAGCUCCGACUCCUCAUCGGGGAACUGGAAACCAACACAAACGACCUCCAUGUCAAGUUCGAAGCGCACGUUGGGCAGCUUGAGGACGAGCUGGAAGAGAGGCGACGGGACAUUGAGGACAGGGAUAAGGAGCUCGAGGAGAAGGAGGCAGAGUUGGAAGCGAGGGAUGUGGAGAUGGAGAAUCUGCGAGGCACGAUCGACAAGUUGGGCGAGCAGAUCUACCUUCUAGAGGACGAGAACGAUAAGUUCAAGGAGGAGCUGGACAGAAUCCGGGACGAUGAGGCACUUGAGCGAGAGCGUCUAGAAGGUGUCGUCAGUGGCUUGAAGGAGAGAAACAACAGCCUGAAAAACGAGGUCGAGGAAUUGACCGACAUGUAUCAGCAGGCCAAGGAUGAGGUCCAGGAACAUCUCGCUCGCCAAGAAGAACUCGCCCGACACAUCGAAGAUCUCGUCAGGGAACUCGAAAACGAACAACGAAAGCGCGAAGAGGCCGAAGAACACAUCUCCAAGCUCAACAAGGAGCUGGACGAUCAAGCUCGCAGUACUAAACGCGCACUAGACGCCAAGGAGGCAGCGCUGCAGACAGCAAUCGCCGAUCUUGCUCGUGCGGAGAGCAGGGUGCGAGAAUGCGAAGCGGAUAUUGCCAAGCUCCAGAUGGCUCUCAAUGAGAUCGAGCGGGAGAGCAAGAAGCUUGGCGAGAGUGCGACCACGACCCAGUUCUCGUUGCAGCUCGAACUCGACAGAUACAAGCGCGACCUCGAACGCACCGAAGACGAGCUUACGCGUCUUCGCUCGGAGCUCGCCGCCAAGGAGGCUUCGUACCGCGACCGCGAAUCGAAUCUUGACAAGCUUCAUGCCGAGAACAGGGAUCUCGCAAGCCAGCUGGCGGCUCAGACUCAGGCGAGGUUGAAUAUGGGCGAGAAGUUGGAUGCUGUACAGAAGGAGAUGAAGGAUAAGGAGGCUGAGCUUGGUAACUUGAGGUCAAGGGUGACGGAGUUGGAGGCGAGGUUGAGCAAGGAUCAACGCUCACUUCUCCAGGCGGAGAGUAUGUAUCGCGAUCAGCUGACGGAGAGGAACACCCUCCUGCUCACGAUCUAUCAAUACCUCGACAAAAUCUUGGGUGUUGAUAAGACUCCAAAGAAGGGCAGCUCAGCAGAGACCAAGCCUUUCACCAACUUCAGUGUCUUCCACGACAACCUCAUCACUCGCCUGAAGCAAGUCAGCCAAAUCCAACUCGAGUUCGACAAGAAGGUCAAGAUUGUGGAAGGCCGCUUCACCGACCGCCUCGCCGACAUGAAGAAACAACUCGACAACAGGUGGAGGCAACUUGACAAGUUCGAGGCCAGUCUCAAAGUCUUCGCCGAGACCAAAGCCCAAUGGCGGAAGAAGCUCAGUGCCAAGGAAGGCGAAUUGGAAGCUGUCAAAGCUACCAACUCUGAGCUGUCUUCACAACUCAUGUCGCUCAAGCGGCCCAAUACUGGCGAUUCGAUGGAAGUCCGCUCGCUGGCUUCUCGCGCCAACAACGCCGAGAAACGGUUGCAUAACGCGCAAAAUCAACUUAUGAAUGCGGAAGAGAAGAUUAUGCAGCUGAAUCAACGCAAUGCGGCUGCGGAUGAGAAGUGGGAGGCUCGGGUGAGGGAGUAUGAGGCUAGACUGAAGGCUGCGGAAGAACGUGUGAAGCGGGAGCGACAGGGAAGCAAAGAGCGUGUGCUCGAGUUGGAGAACAAUAUCAAGAGUCUCCAACGGCAGCUCGAUCUGGCACAGAAGAGGACAACUCAACUCAACGAGGUCCUCGAGAGCCACAAAGUCUCGAGCAGGCAACGGUCCUCACCCAGUUCCAACAAUGGCUAG